AUGGAAUCAUCCAAUCAAGAUGUGAUUGAGAUGUCUGAAGAUCUGGGUCCAGUUGUCCCAAUGACAAGAACCAAGGGAAACUUUGACAAUAGAAUGGACUUUUCAUUCUCUGGCAUCAAUCACUAUGUGACUGUCAAGGAUAAGAAACAAAAGGUUUCCAAACAAAUCCUUAAUGACAUUAAUGGUAUUGUCAAGGCUGGAGAGAUGAUGGCCAUUAUGGGUCCAUCAGGUGCUGGAAAGACAACACUUUUGGAUAUCCUGGCACAUCGUCUGCAAAUCAAUGGAACUGGUGAGAUGAUGUUGAAUGGUGUCAAGGCCAACUACAAGGUGUUCAAGAGAAACAGUGGCUACGUAACUCAAUCAGAUACACUCAGUCCAUCAAUGACUGUUCGCGAGACUCUUACAUUCUACGCCCGUCUCAAAAUGCCAAGAGAUAUGCCACACGAGGAGAAGAUGAAGAAGGUAGAUGAUGUUAUCCAAGAGGUUGGAUUAAAGAGAUGCGCCAACACACUGGUUGGAAAUGACAAGAUCCGUGGCAUAUCAGGUGGAGAGAGAAGAAGAGUUACAAUCGCCAUUGAGUUGCUCACUGGUCCAAGCUUGCUAUUCCUGGACGAACCAACAAGUGGAUUGGACGCAUCGACAUCACUCAGUGUGAUUAAGGCUAUCAAACGUCUUGCCAACUCUGGAAGGACAAUUAUUUGUACCAUCCAUCAGCCAAGGUCAAACAUCUUUGACCUUUUUGACAAGUUGUUGCUCCUGGCUGAGGGAUCCACCAUCUACUAUGGCUUUGGUGCCACCGCCGUCCACUACUUUAGUGAACAAGGUUAUCAAUGCCAUGAUCGUGCCAACCCUGCUGACUUCUUCAUGGACCUUAUCAACACUCAAAUCGAAGAGGAUGAUGAACUUGGAAUAGAAGAUGGGCACAAGCCUCAGAAGAAGCUCACUCCAGAGGAGGUUGCAAGAUUGAAGCUGUACUAUGCAGAUAGUCAACAGAAUGUUCAGUUGAAACGACAUUUGGAGGAGAUGGAGACUGAAUCUGGUAACAAGGUGGUGACAUAUACCAAGCCUCAACGUGCAACAAUAUGGACGCAGUACAGCAUGCUUAUGAACAGAGAGUUGCUGAAUGUCAAGAGGAACCCAAUGUCAUCACGUGUUCAGAUCAUGUCAUCCAUCUUCCAAGGCAUACUCUGUGGACUUGUCUAUUACCAAAUAGGUCUUGGUCAGUCCAGUGUCCAAUCGAGGACUGGUGUAUUGGCCUUCAUCAUCAUGGGCACUGGUUUUCCUUCAGUCAUGCUUACUAUCCAAAUUUUCCCCGAAAUCAUUACCAUCUUCCUCAAAGACAGAGCAUCUGGUGUAUACACAACAUUCCCAUUCUUCUUGGCCAAGUCUACACUUGAUUGUUUAGUUGGUGUAUUAUGUUCCACGAUCAUGGGCACAAUUGUAUACUGGAUGUCCAAUCAAAGAGUGUAUCCAUUCUUUGCCGCAGCACCAUUCUUUAAGUUUAUUUUCGUGUUGAUCAUGGUCAGUCAGGUGUCAUUGGCAAUGGGCACAUUGAUCUCCAGUGCCGUACCAUCAGUGGCCGUAGGAACCAGUGUCGGACCACCAUUCGUCAUCCUAUUCUUCCUGUUCAGUGGCUUCUUCAUCAAUCUGAACGACGUGCCACAGGGAUGGGUAUGGGCGCCCUACAUCAGUUUCUUUAAGUAUCUUAUCGAGGCUGCAGUGGUCAAUGCAUUUGCCGACGUGACAUUCACCUGCACGGACAGUGAGCGCAUUGGUGGAAGAUGUCCAACCCAGAACGGAUUCGAAGUGAUCAAGCGUAUGGACUACAAUGCCAAUCAUUACUGGCGCAACAUGUGGAUAAGCUUCCUCUUUGCCGUUGGAUUCAGGGCACUGACCUACAUGGUGCUUGUACUCAAGAGCAGACCAAUCAAGUUCAAGAAGGUAGUAUCAACCAAGCAGGCCUAA